UCAGAUGAAAUGAAAUGAUACAGCUCUGCUGGUCAACUGCACUCGCUGGAAAAGGGUCCUCGAAUCUUGGGCUGCCUCCAUCGCCGCCGCCUAGAUCCCACGCGUCGCCGCAGCCGGCGUCACACCCCUUCCCUCCCCGGGUUCGUCGCCGAACUUCCCCGCCGCCCGCCGCAGUCUCCUCCCCUCCGACCUCCUGCCACCACCGACCGCCGCCGGCUCCUCCCCAUCUUCAACUCUACCGACCGCCACCACCCAAGUUGUGAUGAUUGAUGUGUGCAGCUAAAAUAUCGACCCAGGAAUGGCAGUGUCCUGGACACGAGUAUUGAAGAGUGGAGUUAUUCCAAGAGACGCAACUCAAUUGGUUGGGACAAGAGGCUUUGCCGUUGUGGCCAAGGGAAAGAAGGACGGAAAAGGUGGCGCGGCUGAUGCUAAACCUGUGCCCAGCAAAGAAAUGAAGAGCACACGUGUGUUUGGGGUGAAUAUCCUGAAGGAGGGUUCUGACCCGAAUAUCCAACCAGACUCUGAGUGCCCUGGCUGGCUGUGGCACAUGAUCGACAAGCAUCUGGUGCUGAGCGAGCUUCGGAGGAAAGAUGCCAAGACGCUGCCCUAUGAAGACCAGAAGCGUUUCGUCAAGCUGGACAACCGGACUCGGAUCAAGGAGAACAAUGCUCUCACAGCUAAGAACUGAUCAGGACAAUCUCAUCUCAUCAUAGUGUCUUCUUAUCUGGAGUAGUUGAUUUUGGUAAUAAUGUAGCAUUGAAGUCAAGCUCACAGUAGAAUGUAGCCUAUGCGACCAGCAUAUUGUUUGUCAUGUUCUUGUGAAGAUUUAACUUGUGUAUCUUGCAGCAAAUGCUGUAGCAAGUUUCCCAUGCUCCUGCUUGUUUGCGUUUCGCGGUAAGAUGUAAGUUUCAUGCUUUGAAGUAAAAGAUAUAGCACAGGGGGGUCCUUGUGAUGGUACCUAUUAUUGGUACAGCUUUGAAAUUUGAAACGGUUGGUAAAUUA